ACCUAGUGUUAUUGUCUCAUCUAUAGUACCAAUACACAGAUUUAAGUUGCAUUCUUCAUUGCGACUUUUAACCCUGUUUAGCUCAACAUAGCUUGGUGCAUAGAGCCCCUUUCUAAAUGAGUGAUGGAUAAUACUCGUUCCAGGCAUCAGACAUCAGUAUCAGUUGCUUCAAAGUUUCCAUUUUUUAUCUCACAGGAUGGAACAAAUGAAGCUUUGAAAAAAGAUUUGGAUUAUAAACAAAUAACACAUAUGCAAAACCUUGAACCUGUGAGAACUGAAAGGCCAGGAGAAUUGACAGCAUGCAACAAGAUUGCUAAACAUUAUAAGUGGGCCUUGGAUGAGCUAUUCAUUAAACAUAAUCUUGCUCGAGUAAUCAUUCAGAAUGAUGACAUAGAGAUUGGCCUGGAUUUUUUUUAUUACUUUGAGGCUGCAGCUAAAUUACUUGAUAAUGGCUAGAUGAUUAUGGCUGUUUCUGGCCAAAAGCUGUUUGUUAACGAUCCACAAGCACUUUACCACUCGGAUUUCUUUCCUGCGUGGAUUGAACUGUCAUCAAAGUGGCCUAAAGCUUAUUGGGAUGAUUGGGUGCGGCUAAAGGAGGUACAUGGAAAUAUAUAAUUCAUACGCCUGGAAAUCUGUAGAACAUAUAAUUUUGGCAAACAUGGAUCAAGCUUGAGACAAUUCUUCGAGCAAUAUUUGGAGCCCAUUAAGCUAAAUGAUGUUCAUAUUGACUAGAAUUCUGAGGAUCUCCUGACUUACCUUACUAUGGAUAAGUUUUUAACCAAAUUUAGGAAGGUGGUGGGCAGUUUCACACCUCUCCAUGGAUCAGAUGUUGUGUUGAAAGGCCACAGCAUGGGCGAUGCAAGGAUCUAAUACAACGACCAGGAAGACUUUGGGCGGAUUGCUCAUCAAUUUGGAACAUUCGAAGAAUGGAAUGAUGGCAUCCAAUCAGCUUACAAAGGAGUAGAGGUCUUCCGGUACAACCGUAGUUCAAGGCAAAUAUUUCCCAUCAUCUCUGAUUCGCUUUGUCAUUUUGUGGUGUAG